AUGAACCCAUCAACCCGUUGGACCCAACCCGUUGGACGUCAAACCCGUUGGACGUCAAACCCGUCCCAGGAGCGCAUUAACCCGUUGGAAGUCGAACACGCUGGACCCAAACCCGUUGGAUGUCGAACCCGUUGGAUGAGGAAGUCGAACGCGCUGGACCCAACCCGUUGGACGUCAAACCCGUCCCAGGAGCGCAUUAACCCGUUGGGAGUUGAACACGCUGGACCCAAACCCGUUGGACGUCGAACCCGCCGUAGUGGAUAUGAAAUACAACAUAUCCAAAUCAAAAGCGAUAAUUCCGCCGGGAAGGGGUUACAUUGUGGUGUCAAAGUCAAUGAGUUGAGGUGGGGGUGGAAUGGACGUCCAUUCCAUUUAGGGUUAGAAAACCUUAGAAAACCGACCAAUCAGAGCAGGGCAGAUUGGGCGUACAUUCCAUUUGGUUUCAGACGUUGA